AUGAUUUUUUACUUUUUGACUACCUUCACCGGUAUUUUCGGGGACCCGCCGGCUCCGCCAUGUGAGAAUUUGGACAAGUGCGCGUAUUCGACGGGGGAAGAUGUUGUCAAGCAUAAGACCUAUACUGGAACCAUUUCAACGACUCGAUCGGGAAGAACAUGCCAAAAGUGGUCGGCUCAAUAUCCUCAUCAACACAGCAUGAAUGAAAUGUUCGUCGAAAGCUAUGGAGAACAAGAUCUCGACACCAACUAUUGUCGCAAUCCUGACAAUAUGGAGGACGGUGCUUGGUGCUACACGACCGACUCGAAUAAGCGUUGGGAGUACUGUGAUAUACCGGCUUGCGACUGCGUUUCUUUCUACAGCGGAAAUCAGGCAAAUUAUGAAGGAAAAAUUUCCGUAACAGAAUCGGGCAAAAAAUGCGACGUUUGGGUUGACAUGCCAGAUGGCUUCGAUGGAACUAACUACUGCCGAAACACUGAUGGUGAACCACGAGCUUGGUGCUUCUCAGAAGAAUCUGACGGGACUUGGUAA